CUAGCCUAGCCCGAGAGAGAGCGAGCUCAGUCGAGCACCCCGGGGGCGGAGAGGGUGGGGAAAGGAGGGAGGAGGGGAGGUCGAGUGAGGGGGAAGGAAAGAGGGAAGGAACAGCAAAGAAAAGGAAAGAAAAGCCCACCAAAGCGAGGCCGGAGCCGAGGGAGGCGGGGGCGGGGAGGGAAGGGCGCGUGAAGCCCGUAGUCGCCGCUGCCCCAGAGCGCGCUGAGGUCGCUGCCGCCGCCGCCGCCAGGCAGCUCGGGCCACCGGGGACCGCGGAGCCUCGGGGGAACGGGGGCCAGAUCUACAGCAUGGCUCAAUCCUGAAAGCCACAGGCCAGAGGAGGAGGAAAUCCAAGGGGAGACUGGGCACGGUGGAGAACCGGGGAUGUGGAGGCUGAGGCCAGCGGGCUGUGUUAUCCCUGCAGGGGCCAGGGCUCCCCACUGAGGCUGAACUGAAGGGACCUUAUAUGGUGCAAAUCUGAGCCCACUUUGCUUCCCUGAGAAGUUGCUGGCCUCUGAACAGCCCCGGAUUUAUGGAGACGCCUGUGGGGAGCAGCUUUGAAUACUGCCACGCGCAACAUCGCGCCCGCCGGUGAGGAGGCGCCUGCGCCCGGCUGUCACCAUUCAAGGCUCCUGCGAAUGGCUCCCAACGCCCGGCGUCCGACCGUGGCUGUCCCUGCUGCCUGAGCCCCCUGCUGCUCCCAAGGACUCCCCGUACCCCGAUGGGGUAACGUGACCCAGGACGCCGUCACUGCCCCGAACUCUUCAGUAUCUACAGAGGCCUUCUCUCCCCAGUCGAGUUCAGUUUUACGUUGCUUCUGUUCCUUGGGUUUUUUCCUUUUUUUCUUUUUUUGUUGUUUUUGUUUUUGUUUUUUUAAACUUGGAUCCUUGUGUUCUUUUGGUUGCCCACCCCAAGAGUGGGAGAGGGAAGGCUGAAGGAGGCUCCUUGAGCUUCUACGCCUGCUGCUGGACCGACCCGGCUGUGUACAGCUGCCCCGCUGCCCAGACGGGGGCACAGAGAACAGCAGGAUCUAUGGUCUUUGUCCUUGGGGCCCUCCCCUCCCCAUCCUUUCCCAUCUAAGUAUUUGACUUCAAGUUCUGGAGUCUUGGCUUGGUUGUUACCUGUAGAGGAGGGCUUUUUGGGGGGCGGGGGUGGGGUGUUUUGUUUUUUUUAAAAGAAUCAGGCUUUCCGGUGAUUUUUGUUUUGUUUUUGUUUUUCUUUCUUUCUUUCUUUUUUUUAAACAGAAUAGAACCCUUGUGGCAACCUUAACACCUUCCCAGAAGCUGAUAGCAUUUGCACAACAUUUGUGUUGGUUUUGAGGGGGUAUUGUUUAUUUUUAACUCUUUCCUUCCACCCCUCCUCACAAAGCACAGGGCUCUAUUUUUCUCAUCUGGGUGUUUUAUUUUAUUUUAAAUUUUUUUUUUUUGGUGGACGUAGGGAUCUGACAGGCGCCCUGGUCCCUUUGUACCUCCCCAUCCCUGAUCUCUCCUUUGGUCUUCCCCUCCCUGGCCCCUUUCCUCCCUUUCCGCCACCACAAGAGGCCACACCAUGGCCCGAAUGAACCGGCCAGCCCCUGUCGAGGUCUGCUACAAGAACAUGCGGUUCCUUAUCACUCACAACCCUACCAAUGCCACCUUGAACACCUUCAUUGAGGAUCUAAAGAAGUAUGGGGCCACCACCGUGGUUCGAGUAUGCGAGGUGACCUAUGACAAGACCCCGCUGGAGAAGGAUGGCAUCACUGUCAUGGACUGGCCUUUUGAUGAUGGAGCCCCACCUCCUGGCAAGAUCGUGGAAGACUGGCUCAACCUGCUGAAAACCAAAUUCUUUGAAGACCCCGGCAGUUGUGUUGCUGUUCACUGCGUGGCUGGCCUGGGGCGGGCUCCUGUCCUUGUUGCUCUGGCCCUGAUUGAGAGUGGGAUGAAGUAUGAAGAUGCCAUCCAGUUCAUUCGACAGAAGCGAAGGGGUGCCAUCAACAGCAAACAGCUCACGUACCUGGAAAAGUACCGGCCAAAGCAGAGACUCCGAUUCAAGGACCCACACAACCACAAGAAUAAAUGCUGUAUCAUGUAACCUCGGCAGCCUCUCGCCAAACACACACACACCUGCCCCUCCCCAGACCGACUCUGACUCUCUCUCUCUCUCUCUCUCUCUCUCUCUUUCUCCCCCCCUCCCCUCCUCGCACACACACACGCACACAUACAUACAGCCUGCCCCUCACAUGCAGGCUUGGAUGGUUCAGUGACUGAAGAUUUGGACAAAAGGGACACCAACAGAUUUUUGUUUUUCCCCAAGCGAACCAUUCUUUCCUCUCCUUUCCCCUUCUCUCUUUUUUCUGCCUCUUCUCCAUUGUGUUUGUUCUUGUCACUUCUCUCAUCUUUGGCUUCUGGCCUUUCCCAUUAUAUUCUCUCUAAUCUCUCUCUCUCUCUCUCUCUCUCUCUCUCUCUCUCUCUCUCUCUCUCUCUCUCUCUCUCUCUCUCGUCCUCCCUCUUCUUAGCCUUCGUCUAACCUUUGGUUUUCUCUGUUCUUUCCUUUCUCUUCAUUCUUCCAUUGCUCUCCUUCUGUCUUCUCUCUCCUCCCCACUUCCCUCCUCUCUCUCUUCCUCAGUGUUCUGAUCUCUUGACUCUUUCUUUCUGACCCUGUCUUUCUCAGUUUCUGCCUUUGUGUCUGUUUCUCUCUGUCUCUCCUUCCUCUGAAACUAUUGCUGUAACCAGGAGCAGGAAGCCCAUUCUGCUUCCAGUGGCCCCAGCCUGUUCCUCCCCUUUCUGCCUGAGGGACUCAGCCCAGUCUGGCAACCUGCUUUUGGGGGUGUGCUUUUGUUUUCUAAUUGGUUUGGUUGGUUUUUUUUUAAGUUCACUUUUCACUCUUCCUCCACUCUCUCCUAUCUGGCCCACCAUCUUACCCCCACCUCGGCCUUUUGUCAUCAUCACCUUUAAAUUAUUGGACUUUUUGAGGCAAACCAUUGUUCCAGAAACUGAAAUGCAAUAAAAGCCUAACCUGUGGCUGGGCUCUCUCUGCAGGAGGGUGAGGAAGCCCAGCCAGUGCCAACCCAAACUGGUCUUGGCUUCCAGGCUGCAUCCCCCACCCCCCUUCCCCACCCCCAUCCCCAAUACUCUAGGAUUGGGAAGCCCACUGGGGAGAUGGACACGGGGCUGUCCCUACACGCUGCCUUUCCACUCAGCCCUUGCUGGGGGCUGGAGUUGAGUCCCUUGUGGGGUGGGCUUAGAAGUCACUGCCUUCUCCCCUCCCUUUCCACCCUUUCCUGAGUAUCUAUCUCCUGGAGUCUUAGCAAGCCAAUGACUCCCUAAGCACAAGAGGGUCCGGUCACUGGGAGCACCUUGUGGUUGGGCCUGGGAACUGCAUCUUCCGAAGAACAGGAUAAAGGAUGACCUGGCUGGUCAGCUGGAAGGGACCUCGAAGGCUGUCUAGUCCAACCCUCACAUUUUACAUAUAAGGACACUUUUAAAGCCCAGGAAAGUAGAGUGACUUGUCCGAGGUCACGCUGAUAUUGGUUUAUUCCAUCUCUCUGCUCUUUUUGCCUGGAGCAAGGGGAACAGCAUAUGUUGGAUCAGAAGGGCCCUAGCCAGUGCUCUUCAUAGGGGGAGAUCUAACAAUAAACAGCAGUGGUAGCUCA